AUGCCAAAGAGGAAAAAGACAACGAAACCCAAGAAGUUGAAGUUGAAUGAUAAGGAAUGGGGUGUAUUCUUUGCCAGGCAUGAGCGGACCUACAUCCCAGUGACAAAACAGAUGAGACAGAAGGAGCCCCGGCUUAUCUACAUGUAUUGGGUAGACCACUUUGGAGAAGAGAAUCCCAUCAAGGUAUAUGAACCUGGCGAAACAUAUGUGGAAAGAAAGAAGAGACUCGAAGCCAAACACGACAAACACAAGAAGAAUCUUCAUGAACGAAUGACAACUGCGGAGAUAAAUGCAGGAGAACAAUCAACCCUGACCGACUGUUUCUUUCUACCAAAGAAAAAGAAAAGAACAUAG